AUGGUACAAGAAGAACAAUCGAAGAUGCUUCCAGAAGAGAUGAUAGUUGAGGUUUUCUUAAGGCUUCCUGCUAAAUCCGUUGGCCGAUUUCGUUGCGUCUCAAAUCGAUGGAAUUAUCUUCUAACCGAACCCCAAUUCAUCAAAUCUCACUUAAAUCGAAUUAAACAACACCCAACAACAGAGGAACCAAUCUUCUUUUUUUCCCCUGAUUCUGGCAUUUUCUAUUCUACCCAGUUGAACAAUGCCCACAACCUGUUCGACGAAAUGACUUGUUUUGCUACAAGACUCACUCUUGAUGAUCAUCGCUUUCAUUCAUCACCUCGUCCAGAUGGUUCUUGUGAUGGUUUGAUCUUAAUGAGGAAUGAUCAUCUAAAUAAGUGUUUUCUGAUUAAUCCAACAACAAGGGAGAUUAAGGAAUUGCCGAGUUUGUCUUAUGCUCCUGAACCUGAUGUUAGUUGCAACACGUAUGGACUUGGACAUGAUUCAGUUAGUGAUGAUUAUAAGGUUGUUAUGAUUUCUAUGUGUGUUGAUGUUUAUUCUGUUAGAAAUGGUACUUGGAAGAGAGUUGACAAUUCUCCGUAUGAUCAUACUAUCGGUGAUUGUGAUCCUGGAGCUUUUGUUGAUGGGAGUAUCCAUUGGAUAGCUAGUAAGGCUUCGGAUGACUCGUAUGUUGACUCAGAUGUUAUUGCAACAUUUGAUUUAGGGGAAGAGAAGUUUCGCGAACUGCCAUUUCCGAGUUUGGUUGACAGUGAGAAGAAAUGUACAUGUAUUGAUUGUUUUUAUGAUGAGGAGGAAGAGCACUUAGCGUUUGUUACACUGGUGGCGCUUGAAGGGUAUCUUUGCGGGUUCCCUGAUAUCAUGGAUAAAUGUCAGUCACCUGCUGCUUGGAUGAUGAAAAAAUAUGGUUUCCAAGAAUCUUGGACUAAAAUGUUUCUCAUUAGUAUCUCUGAUCCAAUGUAUAGGCCUAUAUGUUUGUUUGGGAAGAAGCAAAUUGUGUUGGCGAUGCGUGAGGAAAAUACUAAUGACAAAUUGACAAUCUACAAUUCAGAAGAUAAAACUUUAAAGGGUAUUGUAGUUGAUGGCAUUCCGGGUAAAUUCGUGGUAGGUGGGAGCUUCAUCAAGACCCUUGUCUCGCCUCAUUGCAAAAAAGGAGUUGUGUGA